AAUUAGUUCUUCCGCAGAUGCGUCAGACUUUACGCCAAAAUAAUUUCAGUGACAGGAAGAGGGCAUAGUCAUAUUCUUCUACAACAAGGACAUACAUGUAUAAUACAAGAGCUUCCUCUUCCUCUUUCGAUCAGAAUUUUUGAUGUAGAAGGUUAGCACCUCUUAUGUUAUAUGAUUAUUAUUUGGGUUUUCUGAACCACAGCAUUUAUAAUACAGCAAAAUAAAUCAUCUUCUGGAUUACUAUUUGAUAACAAUGUGGGAAGAUGACGACCAUUUAUGCCGACUUUUGGCGGACAGUUUAUUAAACCCAGUUGGUUUUUUGCCAGUUCAAAGGUUGAAUAGGCGUGUGGAUGAUAUUUUGUCGGACAUUCAUUAUUAUGGAAGAAACGUGGAGGUUGUUAAGACCGGGAGUUGGGCCGAGGGGUUCCGCAUGCGUGGAAUAGACGUUGAUAGGAUGUAUAUAGAUAAAACUGCGAUGGUAUCAGAAACUCCAGAAAAAAUACCCAAUAAGUUCUGUGCCAUCAAAAUCGACAAGUACGCAGAUAUUCAAAGGGGAUAUGCAAAAUUAAUAUUGCUCACGCCACACAAAGCAGAACAACACUUGCGACUGGCAGUGGUACGUGAAUGUGGAACGUUGUACAUAUCAAGUAGUGUGUAUAUAGAAUCUCAUGUAGGAGAAAACCAGGAAAGGCAUGGGCCCUGUGUAAAGACAGUGGCGCAGCAUGGAACGGAGCAAGACGACGCACACUGUUUAAGCUGCCCGCACUGGCCCUCUGAUGGAAUGGAAUGGUACCACAGAAGAAGGCAACAUGGAUGGCCAGAGCGUCACUUAGUGAGGGAAAUAUACAAUAAAGGAUGCCAUGUGGUGCCCAUUGGUCGUAAAUUCAUUGACGGAAAAGGACUUUGGUGUGUUGACUCCAUGUCCUGGCGAUUUUCAUUUUCAGUCGCAGAAAAGCGAUUAGUUUAUACAUUUAAUGAUACACAGUUUUUGGUUUAUGGCAUAUUCAAACUUUUAGUCAAAGAGGCAUUCCGGGAGACCCGAAACGUUUUGUGUUCGUAUUUCAUGAAAACGCUUUUAUUUUGGUGUAUUGAAGAAACACCAAAAGAAUGGUGGAAACAAGAACGCUUAGUUUCUUGUAUAGAAAUGUGCUUCAAACGACUUAUUUCCUGGGUUUCCAAUGGAUAUUGUCCUAACUAUUUUGUAAGAGAAAACAAUAUGUUUCUUGGCAAGCUAGAUGAAGUGGAGCGUGAAUCCCUUUUUAUUCAUUUGUCAGAGCUGUAUGGAGAGGGUUGGAGGUGCCUCUUGACCUGUCCAUCCCUAAACAACUUGAAAGCCUCUCUUCAAAGAGUAAGACUACAGAUUCUAGAGGCCCCGUGCGAAUCUUAUAUCUCUGACCCGGACGAGGAUUUCAGACUAUUGGGUUUUCAAACACGGAAUGAUUCUAGUACACCAAAGGAAGAUAUCGAAGAUGGCGCAUUCUUCUCUCAUUUGGAAUCCAUUGUUCAGGGUCACCCAAACUUCAGAGGUCUUGAUAAAGAGUUUUUCAAUGCAGUGGGCCUUUUACUUGCAGAGGGAUCGCAACUGGAUACCUUAAUGCAUGAUACCGUCACCCUCUACAUGUAUAAAAUUCUACAACACAUUGCUAUGAUCUUUCUUUAUAAAGGUCUGAAUGACACUCGUAGAUGUGCACGUUUUCGGUACGGACAAAUCAGACGGGCACUUGGCUUGGUGAAACUUACAAAUUCAGCAGAUAUAAGUAGAGGAAGGCUAACUUUAGCAACGGCUUAUUACUGUAUGGGAAACUAUCGCGAUGCUUUGAAAAUUAUCCGACAAUAUGAAGUUUUCAUAGAUGACAAUCGAGGUGUUCUCUAUGUAAGCUCGAGGUAUCCAAAUGAAAUGGGCGAGGAAUACAUUGCCAAUUUCUGUAAUGGUAAUUUAUCAAGAAUUCAAAAAGCCUCAAUGGCAGUUUCGUACGAUUUUGAAGUGUUUCGGACGAUGCCAAUUCAUCCGAAGGAAAUAGCGUUUGAAAUUCUUCUAAUGAAAGAUGCAUCUGCAUUUAUUUCUUUUCCUCCUCAACCCUAUUCCAUUUUUUUGAAGGCUUUGUGUUAUUCUAAGAUAAAUGACAUGUAUAGUGUAAAAAUGCACAAAGAGGCACUACAGAGUAUUCUUACGUUGACCCACGAUGCUGCGUUGUAUCUGCUUUACACAAUGAUAGCAAUACUAGAAACCAAACUGGACCGAUUUGACAAAGCUUAUCAGAAUCACUAUUUGGCUUACUGGCAUAAGAAGCAUUUGACGUGGAGAGAAGAGCACUGCAGUGAAUGGGAUUCCGUACAGUCUAAUUUGUUGAGCGUGGCAGUAAUGCUGAGACUCUUGAUUUAA